AUGGCAACGUUCGAUAGCAACCACCGCCCACUACGCGGCGUAGUGCACGCAGCCGGUAUACUGGAUGAUGGAGUUCUCUUAGCCUUGACGCCCCAGCGAUGUGAUACCACCUUUAGGCCCAAGGUAGAUGGCUCUUGGAAUUUACGCUGGCUGACCAGAGACAUGGAUCUAGAUCUUUUUAUAGUGCUCUCCUCUGUUUCCGGCGUGAUGGGCAACGCAGGUCAAGGCAACUAUGCCGCUGCUAAUACCUUUCUAGAUGCGCUUAUGCAACUCCGUCGUGCUGAACGUUUACCAGCUACCUCGGUGGCCUUGGGUCUCUGGGGCGGCGAGGGAAUGGGACGCAAGCUCAGCAGGAUGGACCGCGGUCGCUACGCCCGACUCGGCCUUGACCCCCUGGAACCGGAAGAUGGCCUAAACCUAUUUGAACAGGCCGCGCGCAGUGGUCGUGCGGUUACCGUUGUGGCCGCAUAUGAUAUAGAACGGCUCCGAAGCUACAAUGAUGACAGGGGUGGGAUACCACCGCUCCUCCGGUUUCUGCUAGGCUAUGGCAGCAGGCAGUACCCAAAGAGUGUCGGAGCCCGUAACCUGCGGGAGACGCUGGGCGAAGUCCGCCGCAAGCAGCACGUUGCUACUGCGCUUAGCAUGGUCCGAGACACAGUAGCCAAGACACUAGGAUUCACAUCAUCUGCUGACCUGGACGUUGAUCUGCCCUUGCAGGACGUUGGAGUUGACUCGUUAACUGCGGUCCUGAUACGCAACCAGCUGGGCAUCUUAACCGACCGCCAGGAUCGUCCAGUUCCUGCUGUCCCAAGUACAAAAAAGCUUGGAAGACUCGUCCAGUGCGGGCGACUCGAAAACUGCGACUCCUGCUACCACGGUAUUGGAAGAUUCUGUUCUGAACAUGCCGGCGGUCAGGAAGGGAUACCUCGAUCCCAGAUUUACAUUCAACGCAGGUCUCGGUGGUGCUACCGCAUGCCACUACUUAUCCCAGUUGUUGGUGAUAUGGCGCAACCCCUAUUUAACCUAACUGAAGAAACAUUUGAGCAGCUAUCAAACCAGGUUGAUGCUAUCUGCCACUCAGCUGCUCUGGUUGACUGGAUGCGGCCGCUGGACGAUUAUGUUGGCCCUAAUAUUAUUAGCACGCAUGAAGUCUUACGCUUGGCCUCCCGCGGCCGCUGUAAAGCGAUCCACCUCAUCUCCACAAUUGCCACGGUGCCUAAGUAUCUAGGCUAUGAUGUUUCUGAGGAUCAAUAUGAAUACGGCUAUGCUACCUCGAAGUGGAUAGCUGAGCGGAUGGUAGCAGCUGCACGUUGGCGCGGCGCCAGGGCAUCCAUAUAUCGUUUACCAUUUGUUACCGCUUCUGCCUCCACUGGUUACUUCCGGCUCGACCACGGUGACUUUUUACACAACCUUGUCGCAGGGUGUGUUGAGAUGGAUAGUUUCCCAUUAUUGGAUACUGAUCUAUCUAUCAUACUACCAGUCGACUAUCUAAGCAAGACUGUGGUCGCAGUAAUGACUCAAGAUUUAUCUCGAAUUGGGCAAGAUUUUGAUUUUACCAAUACACAGGCCCCAAGCUUCAGCCGCUAUUUCGAGCUAAUGGGCGCUGGGCAGAAGAUUAUUCUCUUCUCUAAAUGGCGGCAACAGGCAAUAGCCUACGGUGCCGCUCAUCCAACAAGUCCGCUAGCACGCAUCGCCGCCAUGCUCGACGGUUGCACCGACGAAAACGCGGCCGCGCUAUUCAAAGGCCCGCCCCCUGGAGAACAUGUCUUAGGGGGCGACGACUAUCCCCUACCAUCGGUUGACGAGCAGUCUGUCCAGAAGUAUUUGGGUCGUAUCUAUAUUGCGCAGAAAGAAAGAUCUAAUAUCAACGCGGAUACUAGAACCUACUAA